CUCUGCAUCCGAUGGACCAAAUUUUAGCAAGUGUAAUCGGAGAACGGUGUAAAGUGCAUCUGUUUUGUGUGAAAUAUCUAUAAAUAAUAUUAAAAAAAUGUCCUGUGGGGCGGAAUGUCUGUCCCUCGGUCCCCCACCGGACUCCAUCCUGCACAUGCCACCGCCGCCACUGCCCGCCUUCCUGGCCAGUGCUGCCAACCUCACACCACCAUGCAGGGCCUCCAAGUGCCCCCCUCACAGGAACAACGAGGAGAACUCCUUGUUCCCUGGAGUGGAGUACCAUGAGCUACCCAGACAUGAGCCUGCAACUAACGACGACACCUGGUUCCUCGUGCUGAUCACCUGCUGCAUCGCUGUACUGUGCAUAGCUGCACUACUAGCGUUGUUCCUGCUCAAAUGCAGAGAUUGGAAAAAAUCUCAUGGGUUUUUUCUCGACAGGGCACGAGGAGGAUGCAAGAGCGGUACUGGUAAGGCAUCAGGCUCCAACGCAUUAUACGGAGGAGCAGCCAUUGACUCGCGCGUCCUAUGGGCAGCGCUGACACCGCGAGGCACGCGACACUUCGUCGCCGACACCUACCCUCACGACGAGACCGAGGACCAUCACUACGAGUGUGUAGAGCCCCCGCUAUACAAACUCGGCCCACCAGAAGACCUCGCCAUUCCACGACAUUUCAACGUAGAAUAUGAAGACCCUGCUCCACUAAUUGAGAGCUACAGUGAUAGAACUGAAGAAUACUUCCGGAAUGGCAUGGAUACCCUUCGCCGUGGCAACCGGCCUCUCGUCUCCUCGCCAACAAGGAUCGAACGACCCAACCUGCCUCCUCUCAACCUGCAACCACGCACCCUGCGGAGGGCCCCUCACUCCCGCCGAGUGAGUGAUGCGAAUAAUCCGGAGAAAUCGGCCAUCUGAACCGAGAGUGGCGCGGUCUUUUCCGUCGCCGAUACUACCGAUAUCGAUUACGAUUGGCAGUCGAUCGAGAACUCGAAUGUUGAUCGUCUCGUUUGAGGACCACUCUUUGCUGACACAUUAUGUUCAAGUGUUUGGCACCUGGACUGAAGUUUUAAAAUUUGCUCUGGACUUUUUACUUAGAACGCUUAUCCGCAUAACAAGCUGAUAGUAAGAA